GUGUGAUGGUGCCGUAGACUUGUUCCCGUCCUCCCUCCCUCCUUCCCUCCCUCCCAAGCUCAAACCCGGUGAACCUUGACUAGUCAGUCCCCUGGACGCUCCUCUCCGCCGCCCCCUGGACGCCCCUCUCCGCCGCCCCCUGGACGCUCUCUCCGCUGCCCCCUGGACGCCCUCUCCGCCGCUACUUCUACCUUCUACACCACCGUCCGGGACGCUGCUAAGCUGUGUAAGUUGCUAGAGAGGUCAAGGUGGAGUUGACCCUUGAGCCGAGUGUGUGCCAGUGGGUCCCGGCCCGCCUCAAGUCCUUACCAGAUGACGAUGGAAAGCCCCCAUCACCCCCUGAAGGAGAGCCCGCCGCCUUCCCCAGGAGACGAUAGUAAAGGAAGUGAUCUAGUGGAUAGCACAAGUGCUCUCUCCAACCCCCUGUUAGUAACAAGUGCCGGAGGUUUGAUGGUGACCAACCCCGCCCUCUUUACCCACACCAUGCUUAGUGCAGCACCCACCCUUCUGCUCGGAAACUCUCCUGUCCUUGGGAGUGACUGGAUGGGGCGUCUAAAAGAACUGCAGGAGCGAGGAGGUCUGGCUGCAGCAGCGGCAGCGGCAGCAGCAGCAGCCAGUUCAGGCAGUGACAUUGACAGUCGAGACUUAGAAAAUUCUCACCAGUACACAUCUCGUAACACUGGUCAACCAGUUGCUAUGGACCUGUGUGUUGUCUGUGGUGACAGAGCUUCAGGGCGUCAUUAUGGAGCUAUCAGUUGUGAGGGUUGUAAAGGUUUCUUCAAAAGGUCAAUUCGUAAACAGCUUGGUUACACAUGUCGAGGAAACAAGACGUGCGAGGUCACUAAACACCAUCGCAAUAGGUGCCAGUACUGCCGGCUGCAAAAAUGUCUGGCGAUGGGCAUGCGCAGCGACUGUAAGAACGAUACUAAGGAUUUGUACAAAACAGUCCAAUCAGAACGAAAACCAAAUAGUUACUUAGGUUCAGGAGAUCGACAAGACAAGGAAGGAAGUCCGCCUUUAUCACUAAAUCCUUUAGUGGGAUUUGAGUCUCACUCUCCAACAAUGACUUCUAGCAAGACUCCUGUUGUGGGAAAGGAUAUUCCCUCACAACCUCCAACCAGCUUGGCUGAGCUUCAUCUUCAGAUGGCUAAGGCCUUUGAGGGAGCUUUUAAUAUGGAAGCCAAAGAGACAGAUUGGAAUGAAUCAAGUAAUGGUGAUGCUCACCGAGAGGAUGACUCUCCGGCUACAAAUGGGGAAGGAGAGAGACUUACAAAUGAUAAACAGGCUAAACGGGCACUGGAAAAUUUAUCAAAAUUACACGGUUCAGAAAAUGGAGAUUGCGAUGACAAUGAGAGCAACAGUACAUAUGAACUUGAUGGUCCAUUGCUGGCGGACAGCUUAGUACCAUUCAACUUAACUGCCCCAUCUCCUAUGCCUGCCUACCUCAAUGUACAUUACAUCUGUGAGUCCGCAUCAAGAUUGCUGUUCCUAUCUGUCCACUGGGCUCGCAAUAUCCCCACCUUUCAGUGCCUCAGCCAAGAGACACAGGUGACGUUGGUUCGGGGUUGCUGGUCAGAAUUGUUCACCCUGGGUAUGGCUCAAUGUAAUCGCAUCAUGUCCCUCAACACUAUUCUCACUGCCAUAGUGUCACACCUCACACAAGCUGCAGAUUGCGAGAAGCUCACAUCGUCCCGGUUCAAACAGGUUUCUGACCACAUAAAUCGCCUACAAGAUUUUGUAACAGCAAUGGCUAAACUUCAACCAGAUGAGCAUGAAUAUGCAUACUUAAAAACCAUAGUCCUCUUCCAAUAUGAAAAUGUUCAAGGAGGGAAACGAAACCAGAUAGAAAGGCUGCAGGAACGAGCAGCACAGGAGUUGCGGCAUCAUAUUGAUGACUCUUAUCCAGACACACCUGAAAGAUUCUCCAGACUCCUCCUUAAAUUACCAACGCUCAAAGCACUCCAGCCACAGGUAAUGGAGGAGUUGUUUUUUGCAGGCCUAAUAGGAAAUGUACAGAUAGACUCUGUAAUUCCAUAUAUAAUGAAAAUGGAGAUGGGUGAAUAGUUGAUUGGAGUGAUGAAGACAUGGAAUUGUCUGCCAAAGAAAAUAUUAUUGUCAUAAGAUUCCGAAAGUUGGUGAGGAAAUUAAUCUUCAGAAAGAGAGAGUGUCGUCGGUAUGGUCAGCCUCAUGAAGUAUAUAGAAAGUGAAAAGACAUUAUCCAAAGUUGUGGUGUGUGGACCUCGGGUGUUGGGGCAAGUCGCACUUGUUCAAAUAAACAAAUAGAUGGUAAUGGCCAGGAUGAUGAUAAGUUGAGAAUAAAAAUGUUGAGAAAAGAAACCAGUGACUACUUGUGCUGUGGAUUUGUACUUGAUGGGCUUUUCUUAAGAAAAAAGUCAAGUUUAGAAGGCAUUCAUUCACAUGUUUUAAAGAUUUGUUGCUGCUAUUCUUCUGUCAACAAGUAAUCUUUAAAUUUUGUGCUGAUUACUGUUUUCUGAUCUUGAUCUUUUUUAAUGUUCAUCUCCAGUGGAUCAGGGUACUUUCAUAAGCAUUAUUUUAAGUAUAUUUGCAGUUGAUGUACAGAAUGUUUUUCAUCACAAACAGCCUAUUACUGUGUAAUAAAUUAAGGCUGUUGUUUAUUAUCAUUACAGAAAUGUGAUUAUAGGCCAGUUUUUGCAAUUGCUCCAAUGUUCAUGGAAGACAUUGAUCAGAUUAUAGACAGACAACUUUGCUACACAAGGCUGUGUGUAAGUAAAGCUUAUUAUUAUAUAUUGAGUAUUUAAUGAUAAGUUUUAUUGAGACAGUACAAGGGUCACAGUUGUUGAUCUCACCACAGCAUAGUGCUGAGCAUGAAAACUCCGGGCUUCCAUGAAAUUUGGCAUGGCCAGCAAUAGACAGAUUUAAAAACUGGUGCAAAAUGAAGUGUUAUCUUUACACUACAUAUAUGAAUUCUUGUCAUAUGGUCAACAAUUGCUGGCCAAGUCAUUAUGGUGUGGGAUGAUUGAUGAAAAUUAUAGCAUAAACCUGAAUAAAAGCACAAUUUCAUAUUAUAUACAGCAUGUCACCCGUACGUUGAGUUUGGCUACCAUUAUCAUCAAUCAAAUCACAGAAUUAAAUGAUAGGGUCCAGAUAACACACUCAAGAUUCUCCCAAGGAAUGGUCUUAGCAUAUUUUUAUCUUUUUAGACAGGUUGAGAACUAAACCUUUACAAAUUAAAACAUAUGUAAUAUGGACACAGGGCAUACCAUAUAUUUGAUGGUUAGGUUAUAUUUGUACGUACUUGCAUCCGAACCAAAGCAUACGAGUGUACUAUUUAACCAUUCAGAUUAAUUUGACAGAAAACAAUAGUUUACCACAAGACAAGAAAAAGAAUAGAUUUAAGCAUUAUUCCACUUUCUUUGUAUGAUUGGAAUGCAAGUGAGAACAAAAUGUGGUAAAUGACUGAAUUAUUCUACAUCAAAUGUAAAUGAAUAAAUUGUAUUCAUUGAUCAUUUACAGUACAUAUACUGUAUGUUAAUGCAACUGCAAGGUGUAUUUUAUUUCUCUUUCACUAAUGUUUUAAAUAUAAUUAGGAUUUAUUAUUUUAUUGUAAUAUUCUGUAUAUAGGGUGGUGCUUUUAGUGAACAUAUUCUCAUCUAAUUAUCAUUUAUCAUGAUUGUUUAGGAUUUUUUUAAAUAGAUGAUACAGUAAUAUUAUGUCAGUAUUAUUUGUGUGAUGAAUUUUAAAGUUUUGUGUAACAAUUUUUAAAUUGUUCUCUUGGUUGAGGCAGUAAUACAUUACAGAGAUAUUCAGUUAUUUUGUCACAGUUUAACAUCUUUCUGAUUUCUCAUAUGUCUUCUCAAACUUUUAGAUUGACAAAUAAGUGAUAUUUUUUUCUCAAAACAGUUUUUCUCCUGAUAUUAUUCCCCCUCUAUACUGCAGAAUAAAAGAAAAUUAAUAUUGUUUUGAAGAUAAUUUAAAAAAAAAAACCCACAGUGCAUUAAUUCAAAUUUUUCCUGUCUUCAGUGUUUUAAUUAAACAACUGGUGGAUGUGACUUUUUUGCAGUUUUUUUAACUGUAAAACAAAUAUACAACUGCUCCUGAUAAUUACUCUAGUCUGGCCUCAUCAGAUAUAUUUGGCAUUAUAAUGUUGCUUUAGAUUAAUAUCUUGGCUUUUUUUUUUUAAUAUAUUUGUCAAGUCAAAACUGGUUGUAACUUGAAUGUUACCUAAGACUGAUUUCAUUCUAAUAUGUUAAUUUAAGACAUUUACAAAAAACAGUCUACUGUUGUUGUAUAUAUAUGUUAAUUGGAAGUUCUUUCCAAUAUUUUUAAUUUUUUUUUUUUCAAAAAAAUUUGGUGUUCUCCAGAAGUCAUUAUAUGUACAAGUUACAGUAAAAUAAUGAAUACCAGAUUUUACACAUUAAUGAAGAAGACAAGUUUGUAGAAUUGUUUCGAGAGAAUAAAAGAUCAGUCACUUGGCAGGGACGAAGCUUGAAUCAGGGCCUCAGCACACUUCAUGACAGGGGCCACAGUAGACAUGUCAUAUCAGGGCCACAGCACGUGUGUUGUCAUGUCAGGGCCACAACAGACAUGUCAUCAUGUCAGAGGUCACAGCAUACAUGUCAUGUCAGGGCCAUAGCACACAUUGUCAUGUCAAGGCCAUAACACACAUGUUGUCAUGUCAGGGCCACAGCACACAUGUCAUGUCAGGGCCACAGCACACAUGUUGUCAUGUCAGGGCCACAGCACACAUGUCAUGUCAGGGCCACAGCACACAUGUUGUCAUGUCAGGGCCACAGCACACAUGUCAUGUCAGGGCCACAGCACACAUGUCAUGUCAGGGCCACAGCACACAUGUUAUGUCAGGAUCACAGCAGACAUGUCGUCAUGUCAGUGCCACUUAACACAUGUCGUCAUGUCAAGGUCACUGCACACAAAUUUUUAAAAAUCAAUGAUAUUUGAUCAUUGAAAUUGUUUGUUCUGCAAAGUCUCAGUUUUAAGAAAAUGUAUUUUUUUAUUUAUAAUUUGAGAGAGAGAAAAACGAUGUGCAUUAGCAGAAAGUUGACACAGAUACUUUUCUUACUUUUAUAAUUCUUGAGCUUCAUCCCAGCUUUUUGUGGAUUAGGCUUGACUCUAAUAUUGUUAAUUUACUAAGGUAAAAUUGAUUAAAAUAACCCAAAAAGCUGCAUCAAAACUGAUCUUUAUACCAGAAUCACACACAGUGAGAUGGCAAAACCCUUGUUAAUAUGUUAAAAGUGAAUACGUCACCGGUGAAAAAAUUGCACGUACGUAGUGAGUAAAUUCCACAACUCUGGCAGGAGCAACAAUUAUUAGCUAAAAAGGUAAAAAAAAUUUUGGUCCCUGCAUUCAGUAAUUUUGUGAUGUCUAGUCACUGUUUGCUGUGGAUGAUGUAAAUGACUUUUUUUUUUUUUUGUUAUUAAAAAAAUUGACUUAGCCAAUGACAGUUAGUGGCUAAACUAUGCAAAAGGUUCAGUCAUCAUAUAAUCAAAAAUAAAUCUGUUAAAUAUCAAACCAUAGAUAUAAGUUUAAUUUUAUUACAGGAAAUGACAGUAAUCAGUGACAAAGAAUAAAAUGGAAUUUAGUGAAUGCAGUAAUAGUUAUAUAUAAACUGAGCCAGAUUUAAAAAUCUGACACAUGCUAAGAAUUGCUGAGCCUGUCACAAAGUAAUUAUUACUUUAUUCAAUACUGUAACACGAUGAGAUGUAAUCCCGGCAAUUAAAUCAUGCAAGGUUCUUCCGUUAUAUUGAGUGAAUUAUCAAAAGAUAGACUUUCAUAAUGGAAAUGCCUUAAGAAAUACAAAUCACAUUUUUGUAUAUGAAAGAUUGAUCAUAUUUUUGUAUGAAAUUUUGAAAAAAUAUAAAAGUUUCUGCUGCUCAUGUACUGAUACACAAUGGAGCUUCUCAGUUGUGCAUAGAUGUUUUGUGACAAUGGAGGGUGAACCUUGUGAAGGUAAAGCAAAAGGUUCAUGAUCAAUUGUUCCAUCACAUAAAACAUAUGAAUUUGAAAUGGACACAAAAGGGAUGGUAAUCAAGAUACAGUAAUAGUUAUCAGAUAAAAAUCUAUAUUUUAUAUAGUUAUAAUAAUCAUAUGAUCACAAAAUGUUGUCCACUGUUUACAUUUUUGUGUCUGUUUCAAAUACUUGAUGUUUUUUCCAUGGGAAACACCCUUGUAUAUAUCAUUUAAGAACAACAAUCAUCAAUCGUUUGUCUAUUUCAUUAUUUCUCUAUGAUGUAAUUAUGUAUUUCUUAACAUAAAUUUUAAAAGACAGA